GGAGUCUAGUUUUCCUGUUGUCGGUGUGCCCGGGUCGCCUGGGUAACCGGCCGCGCUGGCCUGGCUGCGCCAGCGCAGGCCGCGGAGGUCUCUGGGUCAGACCUCGCGCUGGGCUCUUUCGGUCUGUUCCGUGAUGGCAGCCGCCGCCGCCGCCGUGGUCACCCCGUCGGGUUUGGAGGAUGAGGUGUCUCGGUCCCGCGGCGAAGGAGCGGGGGAUGUGGUGGUGGAGCGGGGGCCCGGCGCGGCCUACCACAUGUUUGUGGUGAUGGAGGACCUGGUGGAGAAGCUGAAGUUGCUCCGCUAUGAGGAGGAUCUCCUCCGGAAGAACAACCUGAAGCCCCCGUCCAGACACUAUUUUGCACUGCCUACCAAUCCCGGGGAACAGUUCUACAUGUUUUGCACCCUUGCUGCCUGGCUGAUUAACAAGGCGGGACGCCCUUUUGAGCAGCCUCAAGAAUAUGAUGACCCUAAUGCAAUAAUAUCUAAUAUACUAUCUGAGCUUCGAUCAUUUGGAAGAACUGCAGAUUUUCCUCCUUCAAAAUUAAAGUCGGGUUAUGGAGAGCAUGUAUGCUAUGUCCUUGACUGUUUAGCUGAAGAAGCAUUAAAAUAUAUUGGUUUCACUUGGAAAAGACCAGCAUACCCAGUGGAAGAAUUAGAAGAAGAAACUGUUGCAGAAGAUGAUGCAGAAUUAACAUUAAAUAAAGUAGAUGAAGAAUUUGUGGAUGAGGAGACAGACAACGAAGAAAACUUUAUUGAUCUCAACGUUUUGAAGGCCCAGACCUAUCGCUUGGAUAUGAACGAGCCUGCCAAACAAGAAGAUAUUUUGGAAUCUACAACAGAUGCUGCGGAAUGGAGUCUGGAAGUAGAACGUGUACUACCACAACUGAAAGUCACGAUCAGGACUGACAAUAAGGAUUGGAGAAUCCAUGUUGACCAAAUGCACCAGCACAAAAGUGGGAUUGAGUCUGCUCUAAAGGAAACCAAGGGAUUUUUGGACAAACUUCAUAAUGAAAUUAGUAGGACUCUGGAAAAGAUCGGCAGCCGAGAAAAGUACAUCAACAGUCAGCUCGAGCACCUGGUUCAGGAAUACCGCGCAGCUCAAGCCCAGCUGAGCGAGGCACGAGAGCGUUACCAGCAGGGAAACGGUGGAGUGACUGAGAGGACCCGACUCCUGUCCGAGGUCACAGAAGAGCUAGAAAAGGUGAAACAAGAAAUGGAAGAAAAAGGCAGCAGCAUGACUGAUGGUGCCCCUCUGGUGAAGAUUAGACAGAGCCUCACGAAGCUGAAGCAGGAAGCCGCGCAGAUGGACGUCAGGGUCGGGGUCGUGGAGCACACGCUGCUGCAGUCACAGCUGAAGGAGAGGUCCGACAUGACGAGAGACAUGCACGCCGCCGCCGUCCCGGGGCCCGCGGCGGGCCCUCACUGAAGCGGGCCGUCCCGGGGCCCGCGGCGGGCCCUCACUGAAGCGGGCCGUCCCGGGGCCCGCGGCGGGCUCUCAUUAAAGCAGGCCGUGAGCCCGCGGCGGGCCCUCACUGGAGCGCGCCGUCCCGGGGCCCGCGGCGGGCCCUCACUGGAGCGCGCCGUGAGUCCGCGGCGGGCUCUUAUUAAAGCAGGCCGGUUUUCAUGCUUCUGAUUACUGGUUCUUUCUAGAAAGUCAUAUUUCAUGUUGCGUAGAUGACAAAGCACAGUUAUUCCUCUUAAAGCAUGUUGGCCAUUUUUUUACAUAUAUACACACAUAUUGUAUCAUGAUGAUAUGGAUGGUCAGAACCUUUAAAUUGAAUCUAAUAUUUAAUAAAGUAAUUUAAAAUUCUCACUUUCAGAGCAGCUUUCACUGAUCAUUACAUAUAGUAAAGCCCUGACCUGGUGGCCCCCUGUUCUACGGCUCCUCGCAUGUGAGGGAGGGGAGCCUGGUGCAGAGCGGGUGGGACCCAUGCUUUCUGCGGGGGCUGCUGGUGUCAGCACACGGACCUCUGGCGCAAGCGGCCCUUCCGUUUGAUACACACACACUGAUCUCCAGUGUUUCUGCUCCCAGAUGCAGCCAGCGAUGGCUGGGAAUUCUUUCCAAAAUUCCAAACUACCCUUGCCUCAACUUUAUGGUUACCUAAAAUUACAUCUUUUUAAAACAUAAGAAUAAAACUUCCGUAUCUUUAUUAACGUUUGAAGUUUAUUACUUAUCAUGACCAUUUCAUGACUAAGCUGAUUUGAUAUCUACUAUGAUCUAAGGUUCCCUGAUAAAAAAUAAAUAUUUCAGUCAUCUUUGAUUAUGUUCCUGUAGUGAAUAGAAAGGUGUAUACAUUUCUCAGUUCUACUUUUUUCUGUGGUAUCAGAUACACUAAAGAGUCAUUUUGCAGCAGAAGGAAGGAUAGAAAGUUAUGUCACAGUCAGGCUCCUGGUACUGGCAGCCUUUACUACACAGCUUACUGAGCAACUUUCUCAUCUGCGAUUUCUAAAUUGGUGACAUAAGCAAUGUGAGGGUGACCAGACUUGGAACUGGGGAACACUGAUGAGAUAUGCUCAAACCAGAAGAUAGCCCACACUUAUUUUUUGAAAAUAAGGAGGAAAAAAGGAUCUAGUGAUAAAUUUUGAUUAGAAUACUAUAUAUAUGUGUGUGUGUGUGUACGCAUAUAUAUAUAUAUGACAGAAAAAAUAAAAUUCCCUUAUUUUUCAUUCUAUUAUUUCCACCCUGCUUUUUUUUUAGCCUUUACUUUCCAUUUAUAUACCGUCACACACACAAAUCUUUUUCUUUCAAACUUUCUAGUGUAAGAUUAUAUUUAGAUAAAUCAGUAUGCAUAAACUUUUUUUACUCGAGUGAAAGUGAAAGUCACUCAAUCCUGUCUGACUCUUUGCGACCCCAUGGACUAUACUGUCCGUGGAAUUCUCCAGGCCAGAAUACUGGGAGUGGGCCGCCUUUCCCUUCUCCAGGGGAUCUUCCCAACCCAGGGAUCGAACCCAGGUCUCCCGGGUUGCAGGCAGAUUCUUUACCAGCUGAGCUAUCAGGGAAACCCAUUACUCAAGAGGGUGGCAAUCAAUACAAUAGCAAAAUCAGUUUAUUUAAUUUGGGAUAAUAGGUAGUUUGAAACGAAGUCCCACGUUUUUCCCUUCCGUUAUGGUCAUUGGGAGGCACAGAGCAGAAAGACCAAAACCUAACUUUUGGACCCGCAAACUAACAGCAGUUUCCCUGGAACUUAUUUGCAUAGGUAUUGUCAUGGCUAAGUAGUAAUGUGAUGAAUUCAAUCAAUGCAGAGACCCCUUCUAGAUAAAUGAGAGCUCUCCAUAAAAUGUACUUUUAUUCAGAAACAAAGUGCACUCUUCAUUUUAUGCAAAUGCAAUAAUCUAAGAACUCUUCCAAUAACUAGUGUAAGCAACCUAUUUUCACUUCCUUUGAAAUAAUCCAGGUUACUCAGGUUGGGAUAGGUGGUCCUCCUCUCAGUUCCCAUAGAGCCCAGUGAAUAACAGAACUUAAUGUACUAUAUUGUCAUUAUUUUUUCCUCCAUCAUCUCUAAUAGGUUGAGCUGCUUGAAGAUAAGGAGAAAAUCUUUCUUGUUUCUGUGUUCCUAACCAGGUCCUAGCACACAGGAUGUGAGUUAGUAAGUGAAUGGGGAGAUGUAUUGUGCAGUCCCAGAGUAUAUUGCGGGUCCUAUUCUACAGCAGAUUAAUUUAAUGUUAUCAAGUCUAAGAUCUGACACAGUUUCAAGAUAGUAAUUAUAAAUCAUAGGUCCAGGAUUGGAAUUGGCAGCAUUAGUAGGAACUCACGGAUUUUUCAUAAAUUUAGAUUAAUUGAAAAUAUAAAUAUUUAUAGAUAUAGAAAUACAAAUACACACAUAUGUGUGUUUACUAGUUCUGUCCUCUAAGAGGGUCUAGAAACAGUGACAGUACAAUAGCAAUGAGAAUACCUAGCACUCAUGUCUUGGUUUCUAAAUUUUCUACUUAAGAAAAAAAAACAGAUUUCUUAGAAAAAUUACUAAUUCCUGGGUUGGGGCAGGGAAAGCACAGAUGAGCCCGGAAUUCUUUGCCAGAUAGUAAGGACAUGUACAAAGAAGUGAUGGGGAUAUGGCUAGAGGACGUGGACUGUAGAAUAUCAUACUAGCCAAUAUGGGACAACUGAGCAUCAAAACAAUUAUAGUAAUAAGUUAUAACCCAGAGAAUAAAACAACAAACUAUGAAUCCAUACAGGUAGAGAUAAAUGAAUCAAUGGCAGAAGAGAAGGGUCCUCCUUACAGUACAAUAACACCUAAAGUAAAAGAAAUACGGCAUUUAGAAAUCGCCAUCUGGCGACUACCAUGCAGGUAUAUCUCAGAGAUACUGCAGGUUCAAUCCCAGGCUACCACCAUAAAGCGAAUAACACAAUCAAGUAUAUCACAUGAAUUUUUUAGUUUCCCAGAGCAUGUAAAGGUUAUGUUCACAAUAAACUGUAGUCUCUAUUGUCUGCAAUAACAUUAUCUUUUAAAACUAUAUUGUACUGUAUUGUACAUAUUUUAAUUAAAAAAUACUUUAUUGCUAAAAACUGCUAACCAUCAUCUGAGGUUUACAAGUCAUAGUAAUAGAAUCAAGGCCCACUCAUCAGGUUGUGAACAAGGAGUUUAACUGUGAAUAAAUUGUGUUCCUUCCCAGGAUGGUUGAGAAAGGAUAGACAGGAAGGAGGGGAGAAGAAAAGUCUCCACUUCUGCUGGGACUUUUUAAAUAGUCAAGAAGGGAAACUACUCUUCAAGCAGAAAAUUGAGAGGCAAAUUUGGAUAAUAGCUAAGUAUCAUUCCAUGAUAUCUUGAGUAGUAAAUAAGGAAUUUGAUGGAAGAAAAAAAGAUCGCUAAUCAGGGAAUUUCCUGGUGUUCCAGUGAUUAGGAUUCCACGCUUCCACUGCAGAGGGCAUGGGCUCAAUGCCUGGUCAAGAACCAAGAUCCCAAAUGCCACAUGGCAUGGCCAAAAAGAAAAAAAAAAAAGAUCACUGAUCACAUAAUAAUAUAAUAAUAAUAGUAAGCAUUUGAAAAGUGAACUUUUCUUAAUAAUUACCCAAAUGAAGCACAGAUGGACGAAUCUGUGAGAAUGAAAUAAGCAAAUGCUGUUGGAAAAAUAACACAAUAUCACUGGUAAUUUGAACCGGCCUCAGUUUACUUCUUCAUGUACAUUGUUGUCUAGUCGCUAAGUUGUGUCCGACCCUUUGCGACCCCAUGGACUGCAGUCCACCAGGCUCCUCUGUCCAUGGAAUUUUCCAGGCACAAAUGCUGGAGCGGAAUUUGCCGUUUCUUGACAAAUGCUAAAACUAGUAGGUGAAAGUUUAAUGAAAAACUGAGUAUUUACAUAAUCUCAAAGCCCAUAAGAUAUUCUACAGAGAGAAAAAUCAUGACUUGACAGUGGAGAAACCUGGGACAUAUCACUUUAAGGGACCAAAUGUUAACGUUACUAGCAGUGAAACAAGUAGAUAUCAUGUUUCUCCUGAAAGGAGCACAUAUUCCUGAAAGUGCAUGACUGUUAAUAGUCAUGAGAAAACAUCAGACAAACCCAGUGGAGGGAUGUUUCACAAAAGGGCCUCUGUUCUUCAAAAACGUGUACUUGGGGCUGACUCACACUGCUCUAUGGCAGAAGCCAGCACAAUAUGGUAGGCAAUUAUCCUCCAAUUAAAAUUAAAUUUUAAAAAAAUCAAGAGAGGCUGUAAAAUUUUAAAAAAAAAUUACAAGGUCAUGAAAAACAGACUGAGGAAUUGCUCCAGAUUAAAGGAGGUGAAAGAGACAUAAUUAAAUGCAACCAACGAGUCAAGACUGAAUACCAGUCCAAAACAAAACAAAACAAAACAAAAAAACCUUUAUUUGUUAGAAAAUGACAUUACUGAGACAGGUAAGGUUAAGAUCUAUAGACUGGAUAAUAGUGUUAAAUCAACAUUAUUUUUUUAUAUUUGUGCUAUAGUUAUAAGGAUGUCCUUUGUUUUAGCAAUACAAGUAUUUGGAGGCAAAGAAGCAUCAUGUCACCAACUUGCUCUCAAAUGGUUCAGGGAAAAAAAAUGUAUACUUGUGUGUGUGUUUCACACACACAUAAGGAGAAUGAUUUUUAAAAUGUGGUUAACUGUUAACAUUUUGAGAUUUGAGAGAAUAAUAUAUAGAAACAUAUAGAAAUCCACUAUACAUUUUUAGAACUUCUCUAUAAAUCCGAAAUUAUUUCAAAGUAUAAAGGUAAAAAAAUGAAAACAAAAUGAUGGUUCUUGGAAAUGAUAUGCUUUGUAUAAAGUAAGUUUCCCUUUGAUGCAAAUAGGCAACUUGUGUGAAUGGUAUGACCUCUCCAAUAAAAUUAUAUGGCCUAUUGAA